AUGUCACUCACUUGCAAAGGCUACGCCAUGGCCCACACUAUCAACCCCCCUCCCUCUGGACAACCCAUCGACCCUUACGCAAUCCUACCUUGUCCUCAACCCGUCGCUGUUCCUCCGGCACUAAGCGAAAGGUGUCGUGAGAGUCAUGGCAAGAGAAGCUGCGCUAAAGCUGCUUAUUGCUCCAUGCACUGGUGUGGUUUUUGCAAGAAGGCCACUCGUGCUAGCGAGGGUAAUUCGGAUCUUGCUCAAGGAAUACAGAUUUCUCCUGCGGAUUCUGGUCAAGCGAUCAAGGCUCCUGAACAUCAGACGGAGAGGGAUGCUCGGAAAGAUGAGCAGUAUGUCCUUUCGCAACUUGUCUACAACCUUGGAUCUCAAGCCCAUUCCAUAUCUCACCCCAUAUUUCUCAACCCGGCCGAAUCAUCAUCCCUCUGGACGAUCCACUCCUUCAACGAUCCCUGUAGUCCUAUCGGACAUCACAAUCCAAUACAAGUUCUCCAGGAAUUUUUCGUUCAAGACUUGAAACAACAAAGAGGAUUCAUUCGCAUCAUGUCUUUAUUCUCUCGUCGUCGUUCUACUCGUUCUCAACCAAAACUCAACAUCUCAUCUCCUAUCCCUCUCAACGCUUCCAAAGCAUUAUCAUCUAUACCAGGUUCAAACCUUCCUAAUCUUUCUAUGCCAACUCUAAUCUCUCUUGCUACUUUACCAGCUUUAUCCGGACCUUCUUUAUCAGGAUCAACAUUAGAUUCUUUACCUACUCUUGCUGCUUUGAGGGAUAAAAAGAUGGAUCAUACUCUUUCUCCAACUACAGAAACCGGGAUGAAAUCAUCAUCAUCGUGUUCGUCUGUGAACCAACAGAUAUCUCUCAUGAGUGGUAUGUUCCCAAUGUAUAGCAAUCCGAAUGAACAAAGAAAAACAAGAAAAAAUUCUUUACUUUAUGGUACAAGUAGAUCUUCUUUCGAUACGGAUUAUACUAUCGAUAUGGAAGAUAAUCAAUUACGUUCUUCUUUCUCUUCGAUGGGUUCAAGAUCUUCUUUAGAUUCUUCAUUACCUGUAACACCUAUAACACCUAUACGUAUGUCAAUUCAACAACAAUCAAAACGAUCAUCUCUGGUCAAAGGGGAUGUUCAAUCUCAACCAAAGUCACAAACUCAAACUCAACAGGUGGGACAAUCUCAACAAAUGUUACAAAGUUCAACAGGUAAAAUGAAAAGACCUGAACUACGUAAAAUGUCUUCAUGGUCAACAGCAUUUUCCAUCCGUUCCAUUCAAAAAUUAGAAAUGGAAGAAACUGAACUUGAAGAGAUGAUCAUUGUGAAUCCCGAAGAAAACGAUUGGGAUUAUAAUUCCAUUAAACGAGAAGAAAUUUUAUCUAUAAAAUUAGAAAAGACUAAAAAUAAGAUAUUCACUCAAUGGCGUUCUAGACCUCAGUCAAGGAUAAGACAACCGAAAAGUAAAGAAUUAGAAGUGGGAUUACCAAAUCCUAAAUAUACACCUAAAUAUACUUUCGCACCUCGAUUUCCUCAAUCAUCUAUUUCACAAUCGGGAUCGAUAAGAAAUGAUAAGAAUGGUUCUUCUCCUCGAACUAUUUCUUUGGGUGGUCUUCCGAGUAAUGGUUCUUCAAACAAACAAACAAGAUGUCAUAAUGGAGUUGAAAGAUCCAAAUCGUAUAAUUCUCCAAAUGAUCGAUUAUAUGGUCGACAUGUUGAGGAUGUAGAUGUACGAUCAAGAUCUUCCACACCAACUCGGAUUAUCGAAAAACUCGACAUUCAUAAUUCUUCUAUCCAUUCUUCACAUGAUGAAGAUAAAAGAGAAAGAGAAGAAUUCCUUCAAUCUAUCAUAUCUUCAACUUUAUCAAUCCCUCCACCUACUUUUCCCCCCGUUUCACGUCCGGAUACAAGAAGAGGACAUAGACGUUCUUCUGCAAUAUAUAAUAUCCCACAUCCUCUUUCACCAGCAUCACCAUUAUCUUUAUCUCGUGGUGCUUUCGAUACUACUACUUUUACUUAUCCUUCCAUGAGAACAUGUUCAGGAGAAGCAAUGAGUUCAUUUGCAAGUUUAUCAAAUGGAGUACCUUCGACUCCUGCGAGGUUGGUCUCGUCUUGGAGUAUGACAUUUGGAGAAUCUUCAAGUAAGAGAAGAAUAUCAAAAAGGAUUUCAAGAAAACAUGCCGAGGAGAGACUUUUGUCAAACGGAGAUGAAGAUAGAAAAGGAGUCAUGGAAAAAGAAAAUGAAGAAGAAUGGGGAUUUAAAUUUGGAAAAGGUUCACCAUCAUUAUACGACAACGUAUUCUAUUCCCCACGACCUUGGCGUAAAAGAGGCGCUUUACCACUUUUACCUACUAUUCAUGGUUCUCCAACUUUUUCUACUUGUGCAGAUCAAGAUUCAAAUUCUCCUCUUUUGAUAAGUCCUCCUUAUUCUAUACAAAAUAAACAAAACGAUUCACAUUUCUUUCACUUUCAAAAUACCACAGGAUGUUUCUCAGAAUACGAUCAACCAGAUCCAAUCUUUUUGAUGCCAAAAAGGACAGAUAGUGGAUCUUCUAAUGAUACACCCCCACCACCUCAAGUUUCACCAAAUUUAUCUUGUUACGAAGGUAUGUUCCCAAAUACGGAUUUAGAAGAAUAUCAAAUCGCUUUGGCAGAGGCUUUGAAACUUGGUGGUCCGUGUGAUUGUGAUACAUGUCUUGAGAGGACUCCUAGAGUUGAUUCGGGAGUGUUUGAAGAAACAGAAUCGGAAGGGAUGGAAGGAGAAUGUUCGGAAGUGCUUGGAAUGACAAGUAGGAAGUUGAGUCUUGGAAUGAUGGGAGAUUUCUCUUUUGACAACAUUGGUGUUGUAAGUCAGGAGGGGCAGUCGUCAGAAAUGAGAGAGGUGGAAAAUGGGUGUGAGAUUGAGGGAGAAGAGGAAAUGAUGGAGGUUAUGGGGAAAUUAGACUCGGUACUUUUCUCUCCUCGUACCAUACCUCCUGGACCGAAACUUAUGGCUGUCUUCGAUGAUAGUUACGUUUCACCACUCCAACUCCCUCCAAGCGCCUUUGAGAGGUUGAGCGGGUUCGAAAUCCCUUCUGUGAUGAUAUGA